GCGAGGCUAAUCAGGAGGAAGAAGGCCAUCUUGGAUAUCACCAAACGUUUGUAGUAUUCCACUUUCAAGAUGAGCUUCUUUGGAUUCGGCCAGUCUGCUGAAGUGGAAAUCGAGCUGUCGAACGCCGCAAACCGUAAGCAAGUAGACGUCAAGAACGAAGACGGGAAAAAAGAGAGGCUGUUUUUGUACUAUGAUGGGGAAACUGUAAAAAAAAAGCUGUCGGUCAAUUUAAAAGUCCCUGGGAAGAAACUAGAACAUCACGGCAAAAAAAAAGAGUUUGUUGGACAAAUAGAGCUCUUUUAUGAUCGCGGAAAUCACCAUGAAUUCACUUCAUUGGUAAGAGAUUUAGCUCGGCCCGGUGAAUUGACACAGAGUGAGACCUAUGAUUUUGAGUUUGUUAAUGUGGAGAAGCCCUAUGAGACCUAAAAAAAAAAAAAUGUCAGACUAAGGUAUUUUCUUCGAGUGUCUGUGGUAAGAAGAAUCAGUGACAUAUCCAAGGAAAAAAAAAAUGCUGUCCACACUCUGUCAAGUUUUCCUGAAAUGAACAAUAGCAUCAAAAUGGAAGUUGGUAUUGAAGACUGUUUGCAUAUAGAGUUUGAAUACAACAAAUCAAAAUACCACUUAAAAAAAAAAAAUGUGGGAAAAAUUUACUUCCUGCUUGUGCGUAUCAAGAUCAAACACAUGGAGUUAGCGAUUAUCAAAAGAGAGACAACUGGAACAGGUCCCAAUACUUAUAAUGAAAAUGAAACAAUUGCAAAGUAUGAGAUCAAAAAAAAAACUCCUGUGCGAGGGGAAUCCAUUCCAAUCCGGCUGUUCUUGGCAGGUUAUGAGCUGACACCCACCUUCAAAAAAAAAAACAAGAAGUUUUCUGUGCGGUACUUCUUAAAUCUUGUCCUUGUUGAUGAAGAGGAAAGAAGAUACUUCAAACAGCAGGAGAUAGUGCUGUGGAGAAAAAAAAAAAAAAAGAAGAAGCCUGGCAUCUUAACAGAGAAACUGAAGCAUUCACGAGAAAAAAAAAAACCAGAAGAUACAGAAGAGUGAAGGGGCAAUAACCAAUGCAUAGAGCCACAUGUAUAUGAUAAAUAGAGUAUAAGGAGUAUUCAGUGUUCAAUGACUGUCUUUGCCAAAAAAAAAUGAAACGAGGCUUUUUCCUGUUUAUCUGCCAAUGACAUACGGUACAGUGAUUUUCCUUUAUGAUGAGGAAGAAAGCAUUUGAUUAUUGCAUGCAAAUAUUAUUUGGCAAAAAUGUAACACUAAAUGGACCACAAAUAGAUUCUAGAUUCUAGUAUUCCUUUUUUUUUUUAAUUUUUUGCUAAUUGUUCAUGGUCUCACUCUCCCCUUGCCGUUGACUAUUUUUGUAAGCUCAUUGUUUUCCUUCAGUUUGAAGCCAUCAUUCUCCAUUGCAAAGGUCAAUAAAAGUAUUACAGCAAAUGGU